AUGCGUAAUAUGAGUUUCGAAAAAUGUGCAUUUUAUGAUUUCUCGAUAGCAUUGCGCACUGUUUCUCAUGAAAUUUCUAAAGUGACUAUUAGUGUUGCUGUUGGUAAAAGAACAAGAAUUUUACUUAUCUCUAAUGAUUUGCAAAUCUCUAUGAAUUUUCCAAAUUCUGAGCUUAUCAUUAUUGUUGAUGGUCUGCUUCAAGGUUUAUUUGACCUCGAUGUUAUCGCCAUUGCUAUCACAAACGAAAAAUGUUCGAAAUUUAAAUGUCAUGAAUUUUUGGGUGCUGGAAGCAGUAAAGCAUUUAGGAUUCAAAAUAUUCCUAAUAAAUUUGCAAAGAUACACCACUUGCUAAGAAAAUUGUUAAAUCUGUAA